CUAUCAGAAGGUCACAAAAGGGGGUUACGUGACCCCGGGACACUGCAACCGUCAUCAAUACAUGCCAGUCGCCAAGUGUCUGGAUUUUGAUCAGGUGGCCAUGAGGACGAUGCAAUGCCUUCACUCCUGUGGCCUGACCGCUGGUGCGUGUGAAGUCUUGGCUUCUGUCCUGGAAACCAGCGAGACCCUCGUGGAGCUGAACCUGGGCGAUAACAGCCUGGGAGAUGAAGGGGUCAGGCAGCUGUGCCAAGGGUUGAGACAAAGGCAUUGCAAGCUUCAAAGGUUGGUACUUACAAUGGCAGCGUUGAACCGAAACACCAAGGCGAAAUUGGAGGCAGCUUGUAUGAGGCAUCCUGGCUUAGUUCUAACUUCCUACUAUCCUCCGGAUUUUCCCCGCUUCCCAGGUACUGAAGAGUAAAGGUAGAGUUCACACCUGCUUUCCUUGGGCUCCUCAAGGAUUGGUGGAAGCUUGGUGAGAUAGGUGGUAGGUCUGGAAACCUCCCAAGGCCAGCUCAGCACAGCUUACCUUUUGCAUUACCUGCUGCGUGGCAAUCCGACAGCUGAUUCCCAUCCCUGGCCAUGAGGCUUCAGGUGGCCCUCUGUGGGGCUUGGCCAUGUGGGAGAUUCUUCUCAACUGGAGCCCCUCAAGAGGUUCAACUCCAUCUUUCAUAACCUCGAACCAGCAUGUCAGAAGAACAUUCUGUACCAGUCUGAGCCAGUGAUACGGGAGCCACUGUUUGAAGAGGAAGAAGUUUAUUCAACGAAGACAAUUAGAGGACUAAAACUUACGAAGAACCAUUGCAGGAAUUGGGUAUGUCUAGUCUGAUGAAAAGAAGGACCAGGGGGUGACAUGAUAG